AUGGAUCCUUAUUAUUAUUAUUCAAAGGUCGCACAGAAUGAAGUGGAUACUCCAGAUUUGUCAACUAACUAUGUUGAUGAGGAAACAGAGUCUUUGACCAGAUCAGAAUCAGAUAGUCAUCUAUUCAACAUUGGUGAUGGACUCACCGUUUACCUCGAUGUGGACACCAUCAUCAAGUUAAACAAUAGUAUCCAUCAUUCCUAUCUCUUGAUCUUUGUAAAUUUAUUAGUUGGAACAUAUUUAUUCUUAGUGGCAGGUAUGGAGGAAUACAAGAUAUUGAUCACCUUUGCCUUUGGCUGUCAUCUGUUUACACUCCUCUUGGGAUCGUAUUCCAUCAAGAAAAGAGUUGUCCUUUUAUUACUCCACCUAUCAAUCUAUUCAAUUGCUGCAUUGUUUAUUACGAUUGCUGUAUUUGUUAUCUCUGUGAUAGAGAAUGAUUAUAAGGUAUCAAUUCUUGUAUUAAUAUUCUUGGUGUUUGUUGUUACAAUCCAAAUACUUGGCGUCCAUCAUAUGUUGAGUUUGGCACUUGUAUUGCGUGAGUUACAAUAUAGAGCUCAUCAAUCUGAAGCACAACAAGAAGAAGAAGCUACUGUACCUCUCCCUACAGUUGCUCAACCAACAUACAUUCCUCCUCAGCCACUGCCAAUGCCACUCUCCACUCAAUCAAUCAACUCAUUCGACUAUCUUCCACAACCUCAGCCACAACUCCAGCAGCCACCCCAGUACAACUACUACUAUUACUACACACAACCUCCACCAGUUACACCUCAGAUGAUC